GGACGGGAGGUAACCGAACCUACCACGGUAAGCCCCCAUACCACCUACCCAUAAAUUCUUAUUCGCCCGACAUCGUGUCAGGCUCACUAUUGGCCAAGCCCAAGGCUUGGGGUGGGUUCACAGGCUUGGAAGAGUUCCUCAGAAAAGCAAUCACUUGCGCGGCUCGUGUCAGUGCACAGCUUGGAGUGGCUGUCAUUGGUGUGCCUGGCAUGAAAAAUGCAGGGAUUCGACAGGUUCUUUUUGACGCAGGGGCUUUAUGUCUCUUCUGCCGAUCGCAACCCCCUUUCCAAGAGGGGAAAUUGAAAUCUCCUCAACCCAGGAUCACCAUCUUGUCGUCUGCCCCCCACAUCAGCAUCAUCGGCGGCAGACGCAAUUGAGAGACACAAACCAUUCAUGGCUGUACAGUUGUCGACCGGCCGGGGGCGGCAGUUGGUUUUAUACUAUGGGUUGUUUUGUUCUUUUGAUUCUGGUUAAUUACCUGAUUUUCUUUCUUUUGGAUUUUCUUCUUUUUAUCCCUUCUUUUUUAGUUGUCUUGGUCCAAGAAAAAAAAAAACACACAGGAGUCGAUCCGUCUUGUCGCCUCUCACGGCACCGCAGUUCCACGGAAGCCUGCAUCCAAAACUCCACUCCUUCAUUCUUGGGCCUUGGCUACUGGGUCCCUCUCCCCAGACAAAACAACCCGCUGCCUCCACCCGUCGUCCACCCGUCUUCCCUGCUCCCAUUUCCGAGUUCCUUGACACAGUCCGUCCCUCAGUCAGCGACCUUCAGAAACAAUUCUUUGAUAGGGAGCUAUUUCUGGCCUCGAAGGUUGACUCGAAGUCCCCUCGCAGCCAUCCUCACACUCCUUUGUUCCCUAAAUAUAACAAUAAGAGCUCUCCCGAUACCACGCGGGUGACGCUUUUUGCUUUGCGCUCCACUCACAGGCCGACGACAAUCGAUCACUGUCGAGAUUCCUGUCUCGGCUGGUUGGUUGCGAACCGGCACGGUGAUAGACGCUUCCACUCCCUAUUUACCGAUAAACGACAUUCCUUUUAAUCUACCGCGACAACUCGCAUUAGACCCCAAUCGGCUGCCCUUGCUUGGUGUUCGACUCUGUUUCUAGGAGCCCCAGACUCGCCGCAAGAAUGCCUUCACGAUCCGUUCUUUCCUCGGCCGUCGCGCUGCUCGCGUCGGCCAGCCUCUUUGGCAAUGCCGUCGCUCAAGUGCACAGCGACUGCAACCCCAUGCAAAAGGACUGCCCCCCGAACCCGGCAUUCGGAAUCGCGCACAAUUUCGUCUUCAACAAGUCCCAGCCCGCCUGGGACACCACCGUUGGGCCCGUUACAUAUGACAAUGAGAACGGCGCAACCUUUACAAUUGCCAAGCAGGGCGAGUCCCCGACCAUCCGCACGCAACAGUACAUCUUCUUUGGCCGCGUCGAGAUCAUAAUGAAGGCCUCCCCCGGCAGGGGUAUUAUCAGCUCCGUCAUGUUGCUGAGUGACAACCUCGACGAGAUUGACUGGGAGUUCCUCGGCAUCAACAACACCAUGGCCCUCACCAACUACUUUGGCAAGGGAAGCGAAGAUUUCACAAACGGCAAGGAGAUCGUGGUCCCGGGCGGCCCUGUCCAGAACGAGUUCCACAACUACACAAUCGACUGGACCAAGGACCGGCUGCAGUGGUUUAUCAAUGGAAACGUCGUUCGUACUCUUACUCCUGCGGAUGCAAAGAACGGCGAGAGGUACCCUCAGACACCUUGCCGCCUCUCUUUGGGAAUCUGGGCCGGUAGCGAUCCUCGCCUGGCCCAAGGCACCCGUGAUUGGGCUGGUGGCGAUACCGACUUCAGCAAGGGUCCCUUCAGCAUGCACGUCAAGAGCACCUACAUCAAGGAUUACAGCAGCGGAAAAGAAUACGCCUUCUCAGACAGGAGCGGAAGCUACCAGAGUAUCAAGAUCGUUGAGGGUGAAUCGCCUGCCAACAAGACCAUCACCGAGGCAUUGGCCGUUUCGCCAAGCCUCAGUGAGCGCUGGGCCAGCUUGACUGACGGUGCAAGGACCGGUAUCUACAUUGGCGCCGCCUCCUUCGUCGCCAUCAUCGCGGGCCUCUUCCUCUGGUACUUCCUGAAGCAGCGCAGGCAGGGCAAGGAGGAGGCCCGUCUCGCUGUCGAGCGCGAGAAGCGCGAGCAGAUGGAGUUGAACCAGUUCCACGCCGCCGGCAUCGACCCCGACAGCUUCACCGUCCAGCACGCCGACAGCAACGGCAACCCGUUCGCCACCCCGGCCCAGUCCAUCCACGAGAAGCAUGGCAUGCACGGCAGAGUUGCUGCUGUCGGCGCCGGUGCUGCCGCAGCCCCGCUCCUCCACAACGGCUCUCGCACCCCGCACAGCCCCGACAUGAACGACGGUCAACAGCAGCAGCACCAGUACUUUGACCAGCCCCCGAACUCUGGCGGCAUGCGAUCGCCCUCCGGCCCUCACGCAGGGUAUGCCACAGGACCCGGCGGCUCUCCCAGGGGCCCUCCCAGCCCUGCUCUCGGCUCCCCGGGCGGCUACCCUCACCCCGACCGCUCUGCCACCGCUCCGGUCAACAGGAUGAACAGCCCAGGCCCGAUGAACGGACCACAAAGGAGCUUGACCAACGACAGCUACAGGGGACCAGCUGGUCAUCCGCAGCAAGGAAACAACGGCUGGAGGUAGUCUCCAACCCUCUCUUGCCCGGGGCGCGUCACUCACGCCCUCGAUCGGCCCAGUUUCCAUGAAUAAUUCUUUGCGAAUGACCCUAAAACUUCUGAGUGCUGGACUCUUUUUAAACUUCAAAACUUGUCAUCAUGUCUGGAUUUCAUCAUACCACGUCGAGCGUUUUCCUUAGAGCUGGCGUAAAUUUUUUUGUCUAGUUCACAUCUGUAAAGCUUGUUGUCGAUACACAUUUUCAAUACCAUCAAUCUCUCUUCUAUCUAUCGUCUAUUGUUAUUAUUGGGUGACUUGAAUUUUUGGGAGAAUAACAACCCAUGC